GCGGGCGUACUUACACCGAACAGGAUACCGGGUCCCGGAAAGGUGAAUUACGUCAGCUGCUCGAGGUGGGCGCUUGGACUGGGCGCUCAGACGCUCAACCCUCCCAACGUCUCUUCCAUCGUCCUCCUUGUCUUCGCCUGCGCAAUGGACGAAACAACGCCUUCAGGUCGCCCUAUCAUUGAUAGAGAAAAGACGGCCCCGUUUCUCAUUCGCACCUUCAUCAAAGUCGGCGGUUUCCACCGUGUUGCGCAGUUCGAAGAUGGUCCUAUACCGACGGCGGAUGAACAGCAAAUAUUCACAUGGAAGGACGCAACACUGCGCGAAGUGCUGACCACAGUCCGCGCAACUGCGCCAGCCAGCCCUGAGAUACGGCAUCCUCUCGCGCGGUACUCCUUCCGUACGCUCUACGCCGACAGCGCAACGCGCGGACGAUUGAACCAGAAGGAGCUCGGCAUCGUCUACUCGCGAGACAUCCUCGGCGAGCCUGGCUCACUCACCUCUACCGCUCCGCGCCUCCUCACCGACGACGACGUCCCACCAGGCAAUGACGAGCGCACGCUUGACGAACUUCGCUUCGUCCCAGGAGACUACCUUUGCGUUGCUGUGCUACUGCCCAAAAAUGCCACAGUUGCUGCGCCCGGGGGUGAACUCGCCAUCAAGGGCAGUGCCGCACCUGGCACGAACGGCCCUACAUCAAACGGGUGGAAGAGCGGUAACAGGACGGAUGGUGGAUGGGGAGGUGGUGCGUCCUCUACUGCCGGUCCACCAGGUGGGUUGGGGAGGGGUGGUGGACAUUGGCGCGGUGGGUCAGACGCGCCGCCAGCUGGUUCGCGUGGGCGUGGUGGACGUGGUGGGUUUGGUGGAAGGGACAGAGACAGGGACGAUGAUAGGCGCGUGCCACCCCCACGCAGAGAUUCGCCGCCUCCUCCGAGGAGGGACACAUGGGGUGAUCGUCGAGAUAGGCGAGGUGGUUCAAGGUCAAGGAGUCCACCAAGACGUCGGGGAAGAUAUGACUGAGGUGUGCUAUAUCUUGCUGUGCUUCUCUCAAUUACUUCUGUUUUAGGCUGCUCUGUUGUGCUAUCACCUCUCACGUUGAGCAAUCGAGCCCGUUUGCUUGACCGCGGCGA